GCGGAAAUUAGAAAGUUGACAUUUAAGAGAACUUUGAUCGGUCAACUCUUCCUGUAAAUCAAACGUUCUUCCAACAAUCCGUGUUGCAGAGUCAGCUAGAGCUCAAACCGAUGUAACUGCGACGUAUCAAAUGGACUUUAGAAUUCUCUAGCUACUGAAAUCUCACAGGAAAAUGGAACGAAGAAUCGGGGUCGUGUUGUUACUGCACGUUGUGGUGGUUUCAUCAGGAGCUGUGAAUGAAACAUCUGGUCCCUCUACAACCCUUCCUUUGAUGGAACAGACAGUGGCAGAAAGAACCUCAUACACGACUGCUUCAUAUGUAAAAGAAGAUUCUCCAAAUCAGAAAAUUGACACUUCACUGAAUGUCACUGGAAGUGGGACAUCACCAGUGAAUGUCACCUUAGAUCAUUUUUAUCAACCUGCUCAGGGAGAUGGCACAAAACGAAAGAGUGUUCCCAGAAAAGGAUUAACUAAAGAGCCAGUGAAACCCAGGAAAGGAGCAGAGCAACCACCUACUGAACAUGUGAACAUCACCACUAACUCAAAUUCUACAUUUAAAUAUAAGCCACUAGCUUCAGAAACACAGAAAACUGAAGACGAAGUUUCGAUGCAACCAGACUAUACAGCCCUCAUUGUUGGCUUGUCUCUCGGUAUAGCGAUGGUGCUCAUCCUUGCUUCAGUCACAUACUGGCGCCUGAGAGACGUGUGGGAACGUCGUCAAUAUAAGCGAGUCGACUUCUUAAUUGACGGCCUCUACACCGACACAUAAAAGUAAUCGAACCUAUCCUGUAUAAAGCAAUAAGUGGUGCUUUCAUUCGUGUCUGUCUUUCUCAAUUCACUUAUAAUACCCUAAUGAAAAUACAUUUCAAAUAUUACCAA